AUGGCCGUCUCGCCCCCCGUCGUAGCCGUCGCCGCCGUCGCCGCCAGCCAAGCCUCGCCCCUCAAGAACCUCGCCUCGGGUCCGACAUCCUCCCAUGGCACCCCCAAGCAGCCUGCUUCUUCGGCGGCACCCGCGCUGCCGCCUACGCUCGACCUAGCCGAGCAGAUGAAUGAGGAGGAGAAGCGAAAAUACGCCAAAGGCAAAAAACUCGGCGAGGGCACCUACGCCGUCGUCUUCCUCGGCCACCUCCGCGCGCACCCCGGCACCCUCGUGGCCAUCAAGAAGAUCAAGGUGCAAAAGGAGUACACCGAGGGCAUGGCGCCCGACGCGGUCCGCGAGCUCAAGCACCUCCAGGAGCUGCGGCACCCCAACAUCAUCUCGCUGCUCAGCGUCUUCUCGUCCAAGGACCAGAACCUCAACCUGGUGCUCGAGUACCUGCCCCUGGGCGACCUGGAGAUGCUCAUCCGCGACACGGACCGCGUGCGCUACGGCGCCGCCGACAUCAAGGCCUGGAUGGGCAUGCUCGCCCGCGCCGUGUGGUUCUGCCACGAAAACUACGUGCUGCACCGCGACAUCAAGCCCAACAACCUGCUCAUCGCGGCCGACGGCGAGGUCAAGCUGGCCGACUUUGGCCUGGCGCGCGGCUUCGCCGACCCGCACCGCAACAUGACGUCCAACGUCAUCACGCGCUGGUACCGCCCGCCCGAGCUGCUCUUCGGCGCGCGCCACUACUCGGGCGCCGUCGACGUGUGGUCCGUCGGCGCCGUCUUCGCCGAGCUGGUCCUGCGCGCGCCCUUCCUCCCGGGCAGCAACGAGCUCGACCAGAUCAAGAUGAUUUGCGAGGCCGUCGGCACCCCGGCCGAGGACAACUGGCCCGGCGUCACGCGCCUGCCCGAGUACACCGUCCCGGGGCAGUUCCCCGUCCACGGCAAGGACUGGUACGAGAUGAGGUUCGGCGCCGUGGGGCCCGACGGCGUCGACCUGCUCAUGAGGACGCUGGCCCUGGACCCGCGGCGGCGCAUCACCGCCCGGGACAUGCUGCGCCACGGCUGGUGGCACGCCGAGCCCAAGCCGACGCCCAAGCAGCACCUGCCGCGCAAGUCGGCCGAGGACAGGAUGGCCGCCGAUCUCAAGAGGCGGCCAGGCGUGGUGGAGCACGAGGGGGGCAAGGUUGCGAGGAAGUUGGACUUUGGGGGGCGGUAG